CGUUGGACAUUCCACUCCAGAAUGCCCAACAGUCACAGGUCUGUGUCGUUGCUGCUUGUUGUCCUGUGCUGUCUCCUGUCCUGUCAAGUUGUCGAAGCCCUGGACCGGCGGGUCAUCAAUGGCGAGGAUGCGGCGGCGGCGCAUUGUCUCCUGAAUCACCUGCCCUCCAUACUAGUGGGCGUCACGGAUCUGUCCAAGGAGUUCGAGGGAAAGCGCUACAACGCCGAGUACAUGAUUCCCCACUGCCGCUACGAUCCGAAUGUUCACGCCGACGACGUGGGCCUCAUCCGGACAGCCGAGGCCAUCCAGUACGGAGAGUUUGUAAAGCCCAUCACAAUCGAUUGGCGGCCAGUGCCGCCGGGCUCAAAGUUACUUACCACAGGCUGGGGCGCCAUCUCGUAUGUGGAGUUGUCAAAGGAAAGUUCGCCUGUCGAGGAGUAUCCCCAGAAACUGCAGAAGAUAAUUAUGACAGCCAUCUCGCUGGAGGAGUGCCAACAGUAUUACAGUUCGGAUGGGACUGAUGGGACAGACGGCGUGGACGUGGGCGGCCUCUGCGCCUUCUUCGCCGGCGGCACCUGCAGCGGCGACUCCGGCGGCCCCCUCGUCCUCAAGGAUAGGCUGGUGGGCGUGGUGAGCUAUGGUCUCGCCUGUGGCGAUAACAUACCCGAUGUCUUUGCCUCCAUGUGGAUGUACUACGACUUCAUUCAAACAAUCACCCGUGACUGUCUCUACCAGGAUUGCGUAUGCAGGGAAGCGAUGCUAUUUCCCCACGACAAGCUCUUCAGCGAAUCCAGUAAAGAAGAUUAUUUUCAGAGUGGCAAAACAACAUCAAAUUCAAAGCGGAAACCUGUAAACAGGAGGAGAGUUUUGGCAUAAAAGUCUCAAUGAGAAAUAAUUUAUGUAGUCGUUUCGGUA